UAUCCUCCUGACCGGGCGGCUUUUUGGAUACCCUCCUGGGUAGUGGUGGUGGCGGCGGCGGUGGAAAACUUUACAUGUAGACUAGGGUAGAAGUUAAGACACAGGCAGUACCUAUCACCUCGCGACAAUCCUGAUAAAUGUAUCUAACUCCAGCAAUUUGCACUAAAAUCUAUAGAAAGCUGGUUUUCUUUCUUUAGUCUCCACUCGCCCUGUCUGACUAUGGAUUCCAGAUAUAUGGUGGACAAAUCGUCGGUUGGGACAAGGGUCGGUGGUGGGGAUUUUAACUGCCGGGCAGGCCGCUCCGUGCUCCGCGACACCCGGGUCCCCACGGUAGAGACAAACAGUCCCGUGCUGGCGUACCAAAACGGGCCCAUUCUUUACAAAUUUGUAAUGGACGGCGGCUCAGUGGCGGAGGUUAAAAGGGAGAUAACCUCUCCUAAAGGGAACGGACUUUCUCCAGGUGGUCGAAUAUUGCACGACGUGGAAAAAACUGGCCUGGGGGACCAAAAAGACACUGGUCUCACUGGGAUCUUGAAGAGGGCCAGUCCAACUCACUGCCCAGGCAUGAACGGGCAGCUGCCAGGCGGCUUCAUGCACUUAGACAUCAGGAACCCAGGGAAACAGGCAGAGCUGGCCAACAACUUCAGGGCAGCACAAGGGCGGAACGUACCAUCGGCAGAGAGUCAGCCCCUCCCCUCCUGCCACAUCCCUGUCCCCAGAAACAGGUACGGAGAAGCUGACACCUACAGGAAUGAACUACUGUUGUAUCUUUACAUUCUUUUGUAUUUUAUUCAUAGUGAUGCAUCUGAAAUGAAGGGCACAUCACUCAUUUGAUGUGAUUAAAACUUUGGCUUGGCAUCUAAACAUGAGCUUUGGACAGAUGUGUAAGCAACCCUAGGAUCCUGGCACAUUGUUAGCUAUUAGACUUAUUUUUUGCGCGUAUGGCUCUUGUUCUAUUCAGCCCAGUCCAGGAGCUAGUUUGAGUGAAUGUGUGGUGAUUAAAAAAUAAUCAACAUAGGCAUUUUUAUAUUUUACUGCAAAGUUGUAUUCCUUAACAAAGUCUUGAAUAGAAGUGGAAUUCACCCUCUGGCUACAACUGUACAGUGGUUUGGGCAUGAAUGGUGUGGGGGCGUACUGGUCAUCUGACCACAUGUUUGGUGUUCCAUCCAGAAUAGUUUCGAAAUAUGACCUGAGAGAGCCAGAGCAAGAGAUGAGGAUUGCUCAAUCACUUGAUAGAAUGAAAAGAAAUAGAAAGAAUGGGAUAGUUACACUAUGUUGGUGUUGUUUAUUGAUAAAUCAGUGAACUGCAUUGCUAUAUAUAACUACUGUAGCUACAGUUUUUACUAAUCAGGCCUCUCAGUGUCUUGCUUGACUGUUUCUAAGCUCAGUGCUAUCCAUUGGCCCUCUUUUGGCAGGCCAGGCUAAUGGAAGUAUCAGUGUGAUUUGCUCGCGGUGUGUCACAGGCGUGAAGAUGAGCUUUGAGUGGGUUUUGUUUGAUGUGCAGUGCCGUGAUUUUUGCAAACCAUUGUUCCACAUCAUUUUCAAACUCAGACACAUGCGCAUUUGUGCUCCGGACAUUUUUGUGAUUGUUCUAAGGCAAACUUGCAUGCACAUACAGACUGUUUCACACAGGAGAAGCAGAAAAUGCAUCCAGGGCACUGAUAAGUGUUUAUGCAACAGUAAAGAGGACUGGGAGAGGCUGUAGGCGGCGCCUAAGCACUCUUUCCUUCAUUUUACACAGCUAUUGGUUACGGUCUGUGUCAAGAUGCUGCCUGUCUGUCAGAAUGCGAUUACACAUUAACAAAAGACCCGUUGGCAGUACAGUACUACAGCUCUUCAUUAAAUCUGCAUGGAAACACUUUUUCUGAGCCUCUGUAUGAACAUUUAUAUAUAUAUAUAUAU